GUUAUGUUUUCUACACAUACAUCUGUACGUGUUCUGUUAAAUAAAUUUUAGAGAAGCUUGACAAAGACUAUUCAUUUCACGAAGAGCAUUGAACAACAUAAUUCCAAGUGCCACCACAACUCCAUAACUAUUCGUACCCCAUCAUAAAGCAGUGUCAGGUAUACUGUGGCAUGCAAAACAUUCGGCCACCUUCAAUAGAAAAGCGCUGGUACUGUAUACCAUAGUUGCUCAAUAUGCAUUGAUAGUAACCCCACGAAUUCCGUACAAUUAUCCCCCUCCCCCACCCCCACCAAAAUUGAUUUUUGAUCUGAACUCUACAAACAUAUAAGAAACCUAGAGUCCACUAGUAGAUGAGAAUUUAUGAAUUUGUUUGAAGACAGCAAAGAAUUCACAUAUAGACGAUUCUAAUUCAAUUCACAUCCUGCAAUGGCUACUCCCCACAAAUCUUCAAAAGUUUUCAAGCUCAACAAUGGUGAAACCAUUCCUGCUUUAGGGCUUGGAACUUGGCAGGCACUGGCUGACGACGUUUACAAAGCUGUUUUAGUAGCCCUUGAGGCCGGUUACAGACACAUUGAUUCUGCUCUUGCCUACGGCAAUGAGGAACCUGUUGGUCGCGCCAUUAGAGAUUCAGGAAUUCCUAGAAAAGAGAUAUUUGUUACAACCAAAUUGGCCCCUAUUGACGCUCUUGACCCUGCUGGUUCCUUAGACCGAUCCUUAAAAAACCUUGGUUUAGAUUAUGUUGACUUAUAUUUGAUGCACUGGCCAGUUUGCUUGAACAAGGCAAAUAAGAGUCACCCUGGUAUUCCUUUAUUGCCUAAUGGGAAGCGUGAUAUCGUGUUUGAUCGCGAAUUCACCGAGACCUAUGCAGACAUGCAACGUUUGGUUGAAACCGGUAAGACAAAGUCAAUUGGUGUUUCCAACUUCUCCAUUAAAAACUUAAAAAAAUUACUUGCUUCUCCUGAAUUUAAGAUUGUACCUGCAACUAACCAAGUUGAAAUCCAUCCAUAUUUGCCACAAACUGACCUUCUUGAAUUCUCUAAGAAGCAUAAUAUUUUGUUGCAAGCAUUCAGUCCAUUGGGUUCUUCCAACUCGCCAUUAUUGAAGGAUGAGACAAUUAGAAAGAUUGCUGAGAAGAAUAAAGUUUCAGCCGCUACAAUUUUGAUCUCUUGGGCAAUCUGGAGAGGUACUGUUGUCUUACCUAAAUCCACCACUGCGUUAAGAAUUGAAAGUAACUUCAACGUGAUCGAUUUAUCAGAAGAAGACGGUCAAGAAUUGGAAAAUCUCCAUAAGGUGACAGGAGUCAAGAGAUUCGUCAGUCCUAACUGGGACCCAAUUGACGUGUAUGGCGAAGAGUAAGUACGACUAGUCUCAAUAUCGUAGUUAUCUCUACAUACCUAAAUUUAACAAUAGACAUCAAUUGAUAUUACUGCUAGCCCGUGUAAUCAGAAACCCUGUUCCCUACUGCAGGAUGCGAUAGCGCAAAUCAACCAUCAUGUACUUUCGGAGUUUUCCUAACUAUUCCGGAGUAAUUAUCCCAAACACCAAAAAAUGGUGGGGUCCUGUACGCUAGAAUAAUUAUUUACUAUUUACGUCAAGGGGUGCAAUGAUUAGGGAGGGGUACAGGCUUAACCUAACCUUCACACCGCACCAGCCAAGGUGCGGGCCAGCACACAAUUGA